AUGAAGGUAGACAUCCAAAGGGUUUGCACCAUCAGUUGCAAUGAUGGCAAAGCUAUUCCAGUGCCUGCCACCUUGCUGCAAGAACAUGGUGGUCGCCAGUGGCUGAAGCUCAGACCCACUUCCCAACCCAUUAACCAAAUGGUGUAUGGCAAAGUGGGCAAGAAUGCUUCCUUUUCCAACCAUCCAAAGUUCCAAGACUUCAUUGCCAAGAGGAACCAAGUAUGGGCCAAAGAAGAAACAGAGGACCAAGUGUGGGAUGCUGCCAAUGAAGAUAAACCAAAGCCAUCAGCCAAGAAGAGAAAGAGGGAGGAUCCAGAAGCGGUGUCAGUUCCCCUGGCUGGAGUGGCCAUCUCUUGCUUGAUGCAAGGCCAAAGGCCAACCAAAAGUGAUGUGGUUGUGCCACUGGAAGCAAGCCAGUUGGAACCCAUUUUUGAACUUUUGCAGGAAGGUGCAGACCAACUGAAAGCCAGGAAACCUUACCAGAGAAAGGUUCAGCAGGAGCAAAAGCAACCAGAAGAAGCAGCUCCCAAUAUGUGA